CCAUUUCCUCUCAGGGUGGAUGCAGAAGCUGAGAGGAGGAGACCUCCAGACACGGGUGGAGAAGGAUAGGAAGAGGAGAAAAGCAAUGCGAAAUCAAGGAUAUAGCUGAGAGAGACAGAAAGAGAGGGGGAGAGAGAAAGGGGCGAUUGAAGGGAAGACACGCAGGGGAAAAGAUCUUUAGAUACUAUAUUUAUUUUUAGACCUAGGAAGGCAUCCCCCAGAAGAUUGGUCCAAUGAACAUGUCAGUGUUGACUUUGCAAGAAUACGAAUUUGAAAAGCAAUUCAACGAGAAUGAAGCCAUCCAGUGGAUGCAAGAGAAUUGGAAGAAAUCUUUUCUGUUUUCAGCUCUAUACGCUGCCUUUAUAUUUGGUGGUCGGCACCUAAUGAACAAACGAGCAAAAUUUGAACUGAGGAAACCACUAGUGCUCUGGUCCCUGAGCCUUGCAGUCUUCAGUAUAUUUGGUGCUGUUCGAACUGGUGCUUAUAUGCUGUACAUUCUGAUGACCAAAGGCCUGAAGCAAUCAGUGUGUGACCAGAGUUUUUACAAUGGACCUGUCAGCAAAUUCUGGGCUUACGCGUUUGUGCUAAGCAAAGCACCCGAACUAGGAGAUACAAUAUUCAUUAUUCUUAGGAAACAGAAACUCAUCUUCCUGCACUGGUACCACCACAUUACGGUGCUGCUUUAUUCUUGGUACUCUUACAAGGACAUGGUGGCUGGCGGUGGCUGGUUUAUGACCAUGAACUAUGGGGUCCACGCCGUUAUGUACUCUUACUAUGCCUUGCGGGCUGCUGGCUUCAGAGUCUCACGCAAGUUUGCCAUGUUCAUCACCUUAUCACAGAUCACUCAGAUGUUGAUUGGUUGUGUAGUUAAUUACCUGGUCUUCUCCUGGAUGCAACAGGGGCAGUGCCACUCCCAUGUUCAGAACAUCAUCUGGUCUUCUCUCAUGUACCUCAGCUACUUCGUGUUAUUCUGCCAUUUCUUUUUUGAGGCCUACAUCGGCAAAACCAGAAAAGCAAGGAAGGCUGACUAGUGGUAUAAAGAAGACAGAAGCCAUAGCUCAGGGUCAUCAAGAAAAACAAAAUAAAAACAAACAAAAGAAAAUGGCACAAGGAAACAUGUAUGGUGCAGCUAAAACUCGGCAGCUUAGGGACAGCUAGGUUGGUUUAAACCAGUAAGUUUAUGAUCCUAUCAUGGUGAGGACUCACUGAAUUCUACUCCAUCUCAAAGGACUGCUGAGGAAAGACAUCUUCCUUCUUGUACCUGUCAGCUCUGAAAAAGGAAGGAAAAUAACAUUUUGUGGGAGGGAAAAUAAGCGUUGUUCUUCCCCAAAGAUGGAAGAAAGACUUUUAUUAAAAACAAAUUAUUUCUAUAUCCUUUCUAAUCUUUUUUCUGCAUUAAAUUUGAACAAAACAAAGCAGAGAGCAAACUGUUUGUGUCUAUGAUACCAGUACAGUUACAAAAUUAAAAACUUUAUCCUAAAGGGUUGACAUGUUUACCCCAAAAAUGAAAAGUGAAUGGCUAUCUUGAAUGUUUAUUAUGGAAAGUCAUUGAACUCCAUUGCAGUAGUGAAUGUAGUGGAUAAAAGAUUGAUUUCCCCAUUCUGUACUAUGCUGUGCAUGCAGAUCUGGUAUGCAACAUCAAUGCUUUGAGCAGGCAGAGGGGACCAGUAAUUUUACAAGAUUUUAAUGUGAUGAGAUGUGCUGUUGUAAUACAUAUCAUAUCUCAGAGAGUGCUUUCUCCAAGUGCAUCAAAGUCAAGGAAUUUCUGCAGCAGAAUAAUACAGAGGGUUAAAUCAAUCUCUGUUAAAUCACUUGGGGCUAGCAACAGAGCAGUGGGUGGGGAGGGUGAGGGAGAGAACCCCCAAAUAUUUUUAACAAUUAACUGUGAGUCUCAGAUUAAUCAGCAGUAUAAUAGAAGUUGAAGAAAAUGAAGGUGGGGAGGAAUCAGAAGAAAAUCUAGAGAGCUAGAGAUAGGCACUCUCUCUAUCUGCAGAAUAGAGCCCUGUGCUAUAGCACAUCUUUUAUAUUUUUGUGAACUUCAGAAAAAGAUCUCUGCAACCUUAAUAGCAUUCGGCAGGACUGUAUGUGACCUUGGGUAACACUGUGUUUCUGCAUUUGCUUCAUGAGCAAUGCAAAGAUGUUUAAAGUGCCCUCCUCUGGUCAUGUGGAGAUACUACAACAAAACAUACUUGGAAUAGUUUUUCUUGAGACUUGUAUAGAAAAAUUAGUCUAAAUGAAAUAAUUUUGCUGCAACCGCUUAACUCUAAUGUCCGGAGAGAAUUAUCCUUAAUUAAGAACAAUCUGUACUGUAGCAUCCGGCUGACCACUUAAGAAGACAUCCUGUUCUCAAGUCAGCUACAGAUAGAAGAAAAGGUAUUUCACUCUGAACCUCAGAGAGAGUUAGUUGAUAAGAGCCAUAUUCUUUCAAAGAAAAGUAGAUUGCAUUAUCUGUAACAUUUCAGUCCUUACAAAGCCAAAUAAAAUGUGUACAAGUUCCUAGUAUUUAAAAAAAGCAAGUAUGUAAACUUGAUGUUAAAUGUGUUAAUGUAGUAUUCUAAAUUGUAUCGGUUUGGUAGUUUGACUAAACAAUUAGAAGAACUAGAUGAACAGAAUAGGGGUUGCUGUUCUGCAUAGAAUAUACACAACUACACCCAUAUACAUGUUAUGUGACUUGUCAACAAGAAAAAAGUCCAGUGGAAGAGAAUCACAUUUUCUGGUUAAUGCAAAAGUUGUCAUUAUCUUUCUUGCUUUAAUUUGAGAUUGUACAGUACAAAGUAUUAUUACUAUUAUUUUGGCUUUAAUUGUGCUGACAUUCAUAAAAACAGAGCUGCUUAAUAUCCUAUUAGAGACGAGAAGGGCUUUCAGUGUCUCAUUAUGUGAAGAAGAAAAAAAAUAAAGUUACAUUCCGUAUUAUGUGAAUGCUUUUAAAAGAAUCAGAAAGUCCUUGGGGGCCUACCCAUAACUAUAACAAGCAGAAAAACAAGUUUACAUGUGUGUUACUUACGUUAUUGAUGUUCUGGCCUUAUUUUAUGGUACACAACCAAGAGCAAAAUGUGAUAUUCAGUAAUGAAGAUAACGUGAGCUUAAAUGAUAGAACUACUGUAUAAGAGCUAUUAGACAAAAAGAAUUAAAUGUGUAAACGGUGGUAUUUCACAGAUUUGGAAGUAGAUAAUUAUAAUGCACAAUAAGCUGUUUUCUCCUGCUUAAUAUUUGCCCGGGCUUAAAGGUAGAAGUAACUGAAGAGAAGCAAAAUCAUUAAGGAUGAAAAAGACAAAAUUAAACUUGAAUUCAGUCAGAACAGAAGCAUCAGUAACAAGCCAACAAUUGUGCCAUUCAGAUGUUGAGUUCUGUGUUUCUAUGGUCUCUAAUCAUUUCUAUGCAGGCUGAAAUAAAAAGGAAGUGAAAGUGACCCACAUGUCUUUUGAAAUUAGGGGUGAAAUCCUGACUCCACUGAAAUCAAUAGUUUUGCCAUUGACUUGAAUGAGGCUAACAUUUUCACUCUAUAAUGCCACUUCUUUUAUCUGAAUAAUGGGAAAAAUUGCAUUCAUUUUAAUUUAUUUUAUGUUUAUUUAAAGGCUCAAUAAACAUUACAAAUAAGAAGCUAGACCAUAGAUAGGUGAAGUAUUAUGGGCUAAUCUCAGUGGUUUAAUAGAGGGGAAAUAAUACAGUAGACUUUUUUAAAACAAUUAUUUCUGUGCAGUAUUUUCAAAAAAUAUACAGUAUUUUACAUAUUUUGUUUAAUUUGUCAAGAUGAAAAACAAAUGGUACUGUAUUUAAACAUACAGGAUGAGAUUGAAAUCCUGGGAGUUUUGCCAUUUACUUAAACAAAACCAGAAUUUCACGCAGUGAGUAAUACUUUACUCCUCUACGAAUAUAUCUACAGAGCAAAUGAAGUUGCGAGUAUAGCAUGGAUAGGCAAAGAUUAAAGCUAGCAUGGGUAACAGUAGUGAAGGUGUGGUAGUAAUCCAAGUACAUAUCGAUAUCGAGGUCCCCAAAGUCAAUGGGAACUAGGGUGACCAGAUGUCCCGAUUUUAUAGGGACAGUCCCGAUAUUUGGGGUUUUGUCUUAUAUAGGCGCCUAUUACCUCCCACCCCCAUCCCGAUUUUUCACACUUGCUGUCUGGUCACCCUAAUGGGAACUCAACUACUGAGUAAAGUCUUCAUGCAAAUAAAUGGGACUACUCGGAUAAGAACUACUUAUUAAUGGAUUGCAGGAUCAGAGUCGUAUUUGGCAGUAUAUUUGAGUAAAUUGACGGCUGCACUGAAAAUUGAACGGUCAUUUGCUUUAUCUGAUGCCAUACCAUGGACUCAUUUACUUAUGUCUUAUUUAUAUUGCAGUACUGUAUAGUAGAAUUUUUACUGAUGAAGUUUCACUGGAUUAAAAUGUGAUAGUCUCAAUUCCUUUAAAUUAGAUUAAGUCCAAAUACAAAAAUCUUUGUUUUUAUUUUUAGUUUCAAAAAAGCACACAUCCCCUUCAGGCCCCCGUCAUUUAUCCUAAUAACAUCAGGGUUAAACCUAUGGGGCCAGCUUCAGUCCUGGUGUAAUUCCACUGAAGUUUAUGCAGUAUUGCCAAUCCAAAUUGUUCAAAAUUCAUGAGUCAGGCCCUAAAAAUCAUGAUUUAAAAAUAAUAAGUGUUGGGUUUAUUUUUCUUUGCCUUCAGCAUUUUGAGCCUUAGGGGGUCACAGUUUCAACCUCUACUCUACAAACAUGAGGGUUAGAGACUUAUCUUUUUUCAAUAAAAGCUAAGACUCUGUUGUAGUCACAUGACUCCAGGAGCUUAGACUGUAAGAAAAACACUAAGUAUUGUAAACCUAGGAUAAAAUAAUGACAGUUGGCAGCACAGUUCAUGGGAUUCAUUUGGCCUUGUGAAGUCAAGGAAGUUACACCAAUUAUGAAUUCAGCCCACUGGGGCCAAAUUCUGUUCUGAUUUACACAGGUAUAAAUCCAGUAUAAUUUCACUGGAGGCAGUGGAGUUACUCUAGAUUUACACUCAUACAGCUAAGAGCAGAAUUUGGUUCUUGCUGAGCAGUGAUAUUGUAUAGUGACUAUUUAAAGAAAAUAUUUUCAACUGGUUAAUAAAAAUGUCAAAAAGUAGGGUAAGUCUGAAAGUUCCUUAAGCUGUGCCUGUGGGAAAAUAACCCAUGCUUACAAACAUUUGUACAUCAGAGUCACAAAUGAUUUGUGUCUGAUCUCCCAGAUAGCACAUAAGAGUGACUGGAUGCAAAGGAGAGCUACGCCCAUGGAGCCCACCAGGAGAAAGUCACAGUAAACUAACUGCUUUUACCUUACAAAAUAAGGACACAGCCAUGCAGAUGGAAUACAGUCAACAAGCAACCUGAGUAGUUGGAAUCAUGGAUUAGGAUGUAUGUUACAGUAGAUAUGACAAGGCAAUCCUUUCCUGUUUUCCAAGAAAUGAUAAUUACUGAUAAAAGCCAUUUACAAAUCAGGGUGCUUAGGACAUUAGAUGUGAGAGGUUAAAAUGUGGAUUAGCAACCUUUCUAAAAAUUAGUCUAAUGUAAAUGGGGUGUAUCCUAUAUAGCUUAUACUACUGUGGCUGGUGGAAAAUGCUUCGGUGAAAUGGUCUGUCCCUACACAAUUUGUUGAGUAGUUAAUUGCACAGUGGCUCCUUGGUCCCACUCAAGUGUUUGACAACUUCAGAAUUGUUCUAUGAUUUGUUUGACCCUGAAGACUUGAUUUCCGUAUGUUUCUUCUCUCUCAUAAAAUUAAGUCUUGGGAGAAUAUAUUAGUUGACAAACACUUAAGUGAGCUAAACUCCUCCUGUAUGCAGGUAAUCAGUUUUAUGUAACAGACUGUGUAAAACACAAAUGAUUGUGACUAUGAAAACAGCAGCCUUUGUGGCAGGUGCCAGAUACAGUAUGUUAGUGCAAUGUGAUGUAUCAAAACAAGUUAAUUGUUUGCUUUCUGUCCUGUAUUUCAGAACCACUUAUAACAGUAUAAUAUAUUUAUAUACAAAUAAAUAUAGGUAUACUUUAUGUAUAGUAAUAAACUGGCUUUGAUAGAGGAAGCAAUUUGAAUGGAUGAUGAUGAACUCCAGCAUUGGUGUGAUGUCUCUCUCCUUCAGGGUCUGAUUUGAAGCCCAUUGAAGUGGAUGAAAGACAUCCAUUGACUUCAGUGGGCUUUGGGUCAGGCCUUUACAGUCCAAUCCUACAACGUGAUAAAAGACCUAAAUCCUGCUAAGCUCAAUGGGUGUUGAGGUUGCUCAACACCUCCCAGGCCCUGAAGACACAAGUCAUUAAUCCUUAGCCACAUUACCCUCCCUAAAUGAACUGCAGAAAUUAUAAGGAGAAAUCGUCAAUAUUUUUCUAUUAUUUUAUUUCUAUAUCGCUUAUGUUCAUUUAAUUAAAGACAAAAGACCCAGAUCCUGCAACUGGAUCCAUGCCCAUGCAGAGCUCCAUCGAAGUCACUGUGGCUGUACAUGGGCAGAGAGGUCUUUACUCACUUGGACCUAGUUGCAGGAUCAGCACCUAGCAGGUUUCAAGAUAACCAGCUAUACCAAGUUAGAUCAGCUUUGCAGAGUGAGUUCUGCAGCUUGGGCGGUAAUGGGCCUUUCCUAAAAUGUCAAUAUCUCAGUGGAGUGCUGCAUUUUGCCAAGUUGAUGUGUUUGAAUCUAUUUCCUAUGGGACAUACAGCAGUAUUCCCCUUACAUCAUGAUAUUCCCGAGAGCUCCCACUUCUUCCUAAUCCUGGGCAGCUUCAAAUAGGUCCAUCUGCCAAAAACCAAACCCACCCACCCCACAGCUCUGAUUGACUUUUCUGCUUUCUCAAAAGCCAAUACACCUUUUAGGCUUCUUGGAGUAUUAAACCUCAAGCUAGAUUGCUAUUCAGAUAAGAUUAAAUGUGUACAAUAACUAGGAGAGAAUAAUAAGAGAAAUAUCUUUAUUUUGCCAUUUUCAAAUGGAUAUUUCACUACAUAAAAGGAAUUUUAUUUUUUAUUUUUUGGGAGGGAUAUUGCUAUU